CUCCAGUCUCCCCCCUCUCUCUCUCUCACUCAGUCUCUUUACUCGUUACCUUCUCAGUUAGCUCUGUUUUCUGCUCAAGCACCAGCAUUCAUUCCUCCAUUUUCCCACUGACCCCCCUGAUCACUCGCCACCGCCUCUCCUAGCGGCGGAAAUCCGCUGAAGAAAUGGAGCGAAAACAAGGGUUUUUCUCUGCUUUGAAAGGGGAAGUCAUCAGAGGACUUUCGCCGAGCAGGUCGCGUGCAAAGAGCCCCGCCAGGAGUGCGUCGCCAAUGUCGAGUCUCUUGCGUCGGAGGAAGGGCCACGGACAACGCGUCUCGCAGCCGGAGCCGCUGAUGAUCGCGAGAUCGGGGAGUUUACGCCCCCCGGAGGCUCUUUCGCCUUUGAUGGAAGGGCCGGAUCAAGACGGCGUUGGAGAUUCCAGCAGGGGGGAAGGUCGGUGGGGUCGCCAGUGGAUGAAAGGUCCACUCGCCAGAGCGCCGUCGGCAGCGUCGUCGGCGGCGGAUGGUUGCAAAAGGGCUGAUCUGAGAUUGCUUCUCGGCGUGUUGGGUGCUCCUUUGGCUCCCGUUCAUGUUAGCAGUUCCGAGCCGUUGCCUCACCUAAGCAUAAAGGACACUCCAAUUGAAACCUCCUCCGCACAGUACAUAUUGCAGCAGUACACGGCUGCCUCGGGAGGACAGAGGCUUCAAGGUUCCAUCCACAAUGCUUAUGCUAUGGGAAAAGUGAGGAUGAUUGCUUCAGAUUUUGAGACAGCCAACAAGGUGACCAAGAAUAGGGGCUCUUCUAAAACUGCUGAAUCUGGUGGGUUUGUCCUGUGGCAAAUGAAUCCCGACAUGUGGUAUGUGGAGCUAGCACUUGGUGGAAGUAAAGUUCAUGCCGGUUGCAAUGGGAAGCUUGUCUGGAGGCACACACCCUGGCUCGGUCCACAUGCUGCGAAAGGCCCUGUAAGACCCUUGCGCCGCGCAUUACAGGGUCUCGACCCAAGAACAACAGCGAGCAUGUUCACCAAUUCGAGAUGCAUCGGAGAAAAGAAGAUCAACGAUGAUGACUGCUUCAUCCUCAAGAUAUGUGCUGAUCCUGCAACUCUCAAGGCUAGAAGUGAAGGACCGGCAGAGAUAAUUAGGCAUGUUCUCUUUGGCUACUUCAGCCAGAAAACGGGCCUCCUUGUUCACCUGGAAGACUCCCACUUGACUCGAAUCCAGAACAAUGGCGGUGAUGCUGUCUACUGGGAGACCACAAUCAACUCCUUCCUCGACGAUUACAGACCAGUGGACGGAGUCAUGAUCGCUCAUUCGGGUCGUUCGGUUGUAACCCUCUUCAGGUUUGGAGAUACAGCAAUGAGUCACACCCGGACCCGAAUGGAAGAAGCUUGGGUAAUCGAGGAAGUAGCCUUCAACGUACCUGGACUGUCGAUGGACUGUUUUAUCCCUCCUGCUGAGUUGAGAUUUGCUUCCGUAAGUGAAACCUGCGAGCUUCCUCAUACUCAGAGGGUGGUAAAACCUGCCAUGGCUCCUGCAGGCUAUCAGACCAGAGUUGCUGCACUGGAGAGAGAUCAAGAAGGUGGUACCGAGAACAAUGUUCGGUGGACAAUGGAUGAUUAGGGAAGAAGGGAAAAGUUCUAGUAGUGGCUUAACAGAUUAGUAGGACGGCAAAGCAGAAGAAUGUAGGGGGCUUUAGCUGGUUUCUGGAAGUUUUGGGCGUUGGACCAAAAUGUCUCUUUUGAAUUUGUAGAUAGAUUAGAGCCUAGAGUCGGUCAUCAAUCUUCAUACAACAAAUGUCAAAAGUUCCAUGUCUGUAGGCCAAAUAGUCCAUUUGUGUAUCUUUGUUCCAUCUAGAGCUUGUGCAUUCAUCUCUUGAAGAAGAUGCUAACAAUAACAGAUCAAAGCUUUGAUUCCGAACUCAACAGGUAGCCACUAGCCAAUAAAGUUCUGCAUUCGUC